AAUAAGAAUCCUAUAUCUCACCUCACACAGCAACACUGCCCGGGAGGAGAGCUAUUUACUCAGAGGAAAGUGCUGAUUCUCCUGCUGCCUCCCUUUCAGCAUUGCACAUUUACUGCCACUGUAGCUCAGUUCCACCUCAAAGUUUGCAUUUCAUCUUCUCAUUUAACUUCUAUGUAUUGCCAACAGUUACGUGCGGCGCACUUUAUAUAUCGUGGGCAGAUCAUUUGAAAGAUGCAUCUCUCCUACUGACCGCAUUGUUGCCUUAGAUAUUCAGCUAGGCUAUAUCGAGCUCUAGUACACCAUUAGUGAAUUUUAAUGAGCAUCUAUCUAGCCUUAAUACUGUUAUGAAAUGCAAAGUGUGUGGGCUGUUCUACGUUCACGUUGACGAUUUUCUAGUUGGUGAACAAACAGCCAUGGGAAAUUCUCCCAUGGUAACAGGAGGCAUUUGAACUCUGAUUCACUCCUUGUCCUUGUUUUUUUUUCUUUGUCACAGAGGAUGCGCUUGAGUAAACAGCGACUUGAAUCCCAGACAAGUUUAUUUCAACUCUAGAGGGAGGAAAAUAUGUCAUCGGAAACAGUUAUGUGAAUACUGUACGUUACAUGGGUAGUGUGUCACUGUGUGCAGUAUGUUCGUGCGCACUACGGAUGUGUGUGUUCCUAUAACAAAGACCUUGUUCUGACUUCUAAGGCCCUCACUACUUUGUUCCCAGACCCAGUAGCCAGGCACCGUGCCUGUUAGUGGAAAAACAGUUGGUCACAAGACCUUGCUGUAGCAUUCAUUAGCACUUUUCCACGCUAUCCGCUACCCAGAAACACAUCCUUCUUCAACUCCUCCUCCACUACGGCUUGUGGCUCAGAGAUGCUGUAGAGAAACUCUAGACUUGCUACGACAUUGUACCUCCUUCUUGUCGAGAGAGUACAGCUGAUCAAGAACAUUGAUGACCAUCAGCUGAGAGCCUCUGACAGUGGCCUUGUUUAGUGACGUGCUGCUUCCACCGGUCUCCAUCCUUCUACCCCGGUCUCCAGUCCUUCACCCUCUACUUUGUUCUUGUCUCCACUCCAUCUUUCUGUCCUCAAUCCCUCCACCCUGGUCUCUGCCUCAACCCUCCACCUUAUUCCUACCCUCCCCGAACCAUCACCAUGGGGGCUGAGAAAGACACAGACACCAUUUUGACUGGCUCCAUGCGUAUGAAGCAGGAAAUCUCCCUGCUCCAAGGGGUCUGCCUCAUUGUGGGAAGCAUGAUAGGCUCAGGCAUCUUCAUCUCCCCCAAAGGGGUGCUCUUCUACACCGGCUCCUUCGGCCUGUCCCUGGUGGUGUGGGCCAUCGGUGGGGUCUUCUCUGUUUUCGGGGCCCUGUGCUACGCCGAGCUGGGAACCACCAUCCGCAAGUCUGGGGCCAGCUAUGCCUACAUCCUGGAGUCCUUUGGUGGCUUCGCGGCUUUCAUUAGGCUGUGGUCGUCCCUGAUGAUCGUGGAGCCAGCAGGCCAGGCUGUCAUAGCCCUCACCUUCUCCAACUACCUGGUGCAGCCCUUCUACCCCACGUGCUCAGCCCCCUACGAUGCUGUGAAACUCAUAGCAGCAGCCAUCAUCAGUCUCCUGACGUGUGUGAACUGUAUGAAGGUGAAGUGGGGGGCCAAUCUCCAGGUGGUCUCUACAGUAGCCAAGGUCCUGGCCCUCAUUGUCAUCAUCAUUGCUGGGAUGAUCAAGCUGGGACAAGGCCAGACGCAGAACUUUGAGGAUUUGUUUAAGGGUUCUAAAGUGAACCCUGGGGACAUGGCCCUGGCUCUGUACGCUGCGCUCUACUCCUACUCGGGCUGGGACGCACUCAACUUCAUCACCGAGGAGAUCAAGAACCCAAAGAGGAACCUCCCAUUGGCAAUAGGGAUCUCCAUGCCCAUCGUCACAGUGAUCUACAUUCUGACUAAUAUAGCUUACUACACCGUUAUGGAUGCUGGCACUGUGCUGGCCAGUGAUGCUGUGGCUAUGACUUUUUCUGAUUUGGUCCUGGGCUGGGCUCGGUGGCUGAUCCCCUUGUCAGUGGCCAUCUCCUGUUACGGAGGACUCAACUCCUCCAUCAUUGCUGUCUCCAGGCUGUUCUUCGUGGGCUCCAGGGAGGGCCAUUUACCCAACGUCCUCUGCAUGAUCCAUGUCGAGCGCUACACCCCCAUCCCAGCACUGCUCUUCAACGGAGGCAUGUCUCUGAUCUACCUGUGCGUGAAGGACGUGUUCCAGCUCAUCAACUACUUCAGCUUCAACUACUGGCUGUUCAUCGGCCUCUCCAUCGCCAGCCAGAUAUACCUCCGGUUCAAGGCUCCCAACAUGCCCCGGCCCGUCAAGCUCUCUCUGUUCUUUCCUAUAGUCUACUGCCUAUGCAGUGUGUUCCUGGUGGUAGUACCUCUCUACAGUGAUACCAUCAACUCUCUGGUUGGUAUCGGGGUGGCUUUGUCUGGAGCUCCAGUGUACUACAUCUGUAUCCACCUGCCCCCCUCCUCUAGGCCUGCCUUCCUGGGCAGGAUGCUCGAUGCGAUCUCCCUGAACACCCAGAAGCUGUGUCUGUGCUGUGUGGCCUCACGUGACCUAGACCUGGACAACAUCCCUGAGGAGAAGCUGGAGUGAGGGAUGAAAGGAGGUGUGGAGGGAUGGAGGUAGAUACUGAGCCAAAGGUGGAAACAAGCAGACCACAAUCACAGCUACACUCAUUCUGCACCAAUGAUGAACAUUUGUUUUGAAUUAAUUUUUGGCCAGGACUUUAUUAUUAAUAAUGUGUGACUUGCUUGUCCUAUGGGACUGUACAGUGUGUGUGUAUUCAGUGCUGAGGAAAGCCACUUUCUAGUGCCGGUGGACUCUGACAACCACAUGCAUGCAGCAUAAUGUAGUUCACUCCUACUGGUUACACCUAUGGAGACGAUCAACCAUGGGAGUUUAACCAUUUAACAACGCAAGAAUUUCAAAUGGAGAUUUGAACAGGCCCUACUGACCAUUUAGGAGGAGUAGGUUUUCAUCAGCAGGACCUACUGAAUAAAGCUAGUGGAGAAUUGAUAUUUUUUUAUAUUAAAUGAGUUUUUUGUUUUGAAAGAUGGAAGUGUCAGUCAAAGAUGCCCAUUCUGGCCAUACUUUACUUGCACUAGGCCAGGUGGUGUGUGUGCACAAACUGCCUGUCUGAUUGUUUACUGGUCAUUGAAGAUUUCUCCAACUUAGUGGCUGUCAAGUGACUGAAUGCAACAUCUCCUUUAUAAUGCAAUUCAUUGAGAAGCCAGAUCAAAUAUUAAAGCUACUGGCUGAGACAUAUUUGAUUUCUAUGCACCAUCUAGUGGUAGUUUUAUGAACUUCAGGUUGUUGAGAGCAAGUCAAUGUUGUGGAUUACUGCACUCGGGGCACUUGCAUCCAAAAGUUGUUGUUCUGAAUGAGCUGUCUCUUAUUGGUGUAUGCAUGUAUGUUGUCAUUGGAAAUUUGCUUUAAAGGGGCAAUCAGCAGUUUAAACUAUAACAAUGUGGCGCAGUGGUCUAAGGCACUGCAUCUCAGUGCUAGAAGUGUCACU